UACCUUCAGAAAUUAAUGGCCAUGAGUUCGUAUAUGGUGAACUCUAAGUAUGUGGAUCCCAAAUUUCCUCCUUGCGAGGAAUAUUUGCAGAAUAGCUACUUAGGCGAGCAGGGGGCCGAGUACUACAGUGCCUCGCAGGGCGCUGAUUUCCAGCACCAGGGACUCUACCCACGGUCAAACUACAGCGAGCAGCCCUUUAGCUGUAGCAAUGCCCAGGGCUCUGCCGGGCAGCCGCGGGGUCACGGACAGGAGCAAUCCGGCCCGGCGAGCCACUUCCCCGGCCCAGCAGAGCAUUGUCCACCGCCUCCAAUGCCCAACCCGCGAGCCUGCAGCCAGCAGCCGGCCCUCAAACCCCCAAACGGCUCCGCAGUUAAGCAGCCGGCAGUAGUUUAUCCCUGGAUGAAGAAAGUCCAUGUUAACUCGGUGAAUCCCAAUUACAACGGAGGGGAACCUAAACGCUCCCGCACAGCUUACACCAGACAGCAAGUCCUAGAACUGGAAAAAGAAUUUCAUUUUAACAGGUACCUGACCAGGCGCCGCCGUAUCGAGAUAGCCCACACUUUGUGUCUCUCUGAGCGCCAGAUCAAGAUCUGGUUUCAGAACAGAAGAAUGAAGUGGAAAAAAGAUCACAAACUGCCCAACACGAAGGGCAGAUCUUCUUCCUCUGGUUCAAACCCCCAUUUACAAACUGGUUCCAAGGACCAUCAGACUGACUUGACAACUUUGUAGAAGAGGUGAAAUUUUCCAUUUCAUCCUUCGCUUCUGACCAGUACUGUACAUAACUGACACUGCCCAAGCAGAACCUGCAUGUAGCAGCUAAGGACACGAGAAACUGUCAUCUUUCUUUAAGGUACUGUUGUACAAAGGAGACAAAAUGACGCUACUUUGGACUUUAUUUUAUUUGCCUCUGCUAGCACAACCUAAAAAAGGAAAACAAAAAAAAAAAAAAAGGAAAGAAAGAGAGAGGGAAAAACAAACAAACAAACAAACCAUCAUGCAGGCAGUGGGAAUUGGGAAAAUAUUA